GCCACAGCCACUACCUCUUUGAGAUCUCGGUGCUCCUUCACUGUUCUCCUUCGUCCUUGCCGCGCGCGACUAUCUUACAGCAGAUACUUGCAACAAUGUCAGACUCUGAAGGAGGAGACCUGUCCGAUGAGCUCCUUGAACUCGUCGGCGCCACGGAGCGCAAACGCAGGAAGCGUCAAGCCCACUCGAAGUCAUCGCUGCCUAAGCGGCGCAGACCAGAAAGUGACAAUUCUGAUGAAUCGGAUGCCAAUGCACCAGAAAGUGAAGAUGUUCAGGACCAGACGAACCCAUAUCCAUUGGAGGGCAAGUACAUUGACGAGGCUGACAAACAACGCCUUAUGGAUAUGUCUGAGAUCGAUCGGGAGGACAUCCUUGCACAGCGACAAGAAGAACUUCAGCGGAUAGUUGACAAACGCAAUCUCGAGCAGAUGCUCAAAGCGCAGAGUGGGCAUGGAGAAGAUAGUGUUGCCAAGGCGGCGAAACGUCAGCAUGCAGUGCGAGGCGCUACGAAAGAGAAGUCGCGGAAGUUGGAUGAGCUGAAGGCGAGGAGGAAGGCCAAGGACGAGAAGAAACGUACGAAGGCGACAUCGCCGAGGCGCGAUCGGUCAUCCUCGCCUGUCGACAUGGAAAUGUCUGACGAAGAAGAGGAGGAAGAGGAUGGACAGAUCACGAAGUAUGAAGAGCAAGAAGAGAAAGAGCGGAAGUUGUACGACAAGUUGAAUCCGGAGAAGUCGGAGGAGGAGCCUAUGACCAUAGAACUGCUGGAAAGUUGCCGAGUCACGCGAAACAAGCUUGCAAGGCUAUACAACGCACCGUGGUUCGAGGAAUGCGUCAAAGGCGCGUAUGUCAGAUACUUGAUUGGGAACGAACAUGGAGAGGGCGUCUAUCGGAUAUGCGAAGUUACUGACGUGCGUGAGGAAAUCAGUCCCCAAAGGGCCGUCAAGUCUUAUCAAUUGGAUGGCCGCACUGUCAACAAAGAAUUACAAUUAGCCCAUGGCAAUGCAUUACGCUGGUUUCCAAUGGACAAAGUGUCCAAUAGUCCCUUCCUCCAGAAAGAGUUCGAUCGCAUUGCGAAAACCUUGGAGUCGGAGAAGCUCUCGUUUCCGUCUCGGCGACAGAUGGAGAAGAAAGCAGCCCAGAUCACGAAGCUGCUUAAUCAGAACAUCACGGAGAGUGACAUCACCGCCAUGUUAGCCCGCAAGCAAGCGGAUGUUAAUAAAAAGCAUUCCGCCGCGUGGGUGGCCAUGGAGAGGUCGCGGUUAUCUCAAGCGCGCACGUUGGCCGCUCGCCGACAGGAUUGGGUGGAGGUUGCGGAGAUUGACACACAAAUCGCCGAACUGGCUGCCUCUGCACCGACACGGGAGGGAAGUCGUGAGGACAGUCGAGAAGACAUUCUCGCGAAAGUCAACGAACGAAAUCGCAAGGCGAACUUGGAAGCCGUACGUAAGGCGGAAAUGCAAGAAACCGAGCGUAAACGCCGGGAACGCAAGUUGCUUGCUGCAGCAGGAGGUACUCCGCGGCCGUCAACGCCUGCCGAUCCCACCGCGCGGCUCAAGUUCGCUAGUUCCAGGGCAGAAACUCCUACGCAACCGGGAACACCAAAUCCUCAAGUGGACGGCGCUGCUGCGCCUAUUGCAUCUCCAUUACCUCCGUCGGCACUAUCUGGCGCGGCACAGGCUUCGCAGAAAGACGAUAAUUUCAAGACUGAAGUCCUGCAAUCUGUGGAUAUCGACCUGGGUGAUUUCUAGAUUGUUUGAUCGUGAGG